GCUAGUUGCAGAACCAGGAAAUGCACCAUGAAUGCGUUUUUCCAAUUGUAAGUGACAUAUACAUUUCACAAACUGUCAGAUCAUAGUCGUGUAAAAUGGGAAAUACUUCAGCCGUUGCCGAUGGUGUGAAAAAGCAAGGUGACAGUGGUUGUAAGGAAUUAUAUGGGCUGGUUGAUCUAAAAGGAGGCGGGAGUUUAGUGGAAUUGAUGAAGAAAGCAAAAUGGACAAAAGACUACGACCCACUUGAUGAAGCAUUAAAAACAGAAGUAGUAAACUAUUUAAUUAAAGGAGGGGAGGGAGAAUGUGUGCCAAUUUCCGAGUUAGUGAAAGCCAGAAGCAAAGAAGCUGGCCGCCGCACGAAGUCGAAAACCAACGAUGAAAAGAGCCAGCAUCAUGACAAAUCAUGGAAAUGUGCAGUUUUACCAAAAACCGCUGUGAUUGACUUGGAGAGGUCAGGAGAAAAUUAUUUGAAAAAGAAAUCAGAAAAGAAGCGUAAAAUAUGUUGGGACAGAAACAAACGUGGGACAGUGGGAGAAUCCAUACUACAUCUGUGUCUUCUGAAUGCAACCACACUUCUUGCCGAUUUGGCAAAACGUCUUAUCCAGAAAUAUCCUAAUCUUGUUAAUGACAUCUACCUUGGAGACGAAUACUAUGGGGAGAGUGCCCUGCACAUGGCAAUAAGCAAUGAGGAUCCAGCAAUGGUGAAGUUCCUCCUGGACAACGAUGCCGACUGCCAUGAGCGAUGCUGUGGCAACUUCUUCUGUCCUGAUGACCAGAAGGGUUCCAGGUCCGACACGUUUGAGCAUGAGUGGGUGGAGGUUUGUGAGAACACUAAUUAUGAAGGCCAUGUUUACUUUGGUGAAUACCCACUGAGCUUUGCAGCAUGUCUUGGACAAGAGGAAUGUGUGCGACUUCUGCUAGCCAAGAAGGUCAAUGUCAACCUUCAGGAUACCAAUGGCAACACUGUUAUGCACAUGCUUGUUAUUCAUUCCAAAAAGGCUAAUUCUAAAAUCUUGGAAAUAUUUGACUUGCUGCACAAGCAUGAAGGCCGACUGGACAUCAAAAACAGGCAGGGUCUUACCCCGCUGACACUCGCAGCUAAACUUUCUUGUAAAGAGGUGUAUGACCAUAUCCUGGAAAUACAGCGAGAAGUACACUGGAUGUAUGGCAAUACAAAAUGUGCAAGCUAUCCUCUUAAGGACAUCGACACCAUAUCAGCAACAGGCGAAAUCAACAAAAAUUCUGCUCUCAAUCUUAUUGUGUAUGGGGAUGAGGAAGGACAUCUGGACAUGAUGGAUGGGCUUGUGGUGAAUCUGCUGAAAGAAAAAUGGAAGACCUUUGCAAAAUACAGGUUUUACAGGAGGUUUGGGAUUUUUGCCAUCUAUUUUGUUUGUUUUAUGAUAUCAUUCAUAUUGCGGCCUGGGAGAGACCUGUGUGCAUCUGGUGAUGUCAACAAAACGAAAGAUCUUGAAAAUUGUGACCAGGCCAGAACACUGAACAAAACUGUUGAUCCAUGCUACCUGCUGAAGCUUUACAGAGUCAAUGACAAGGCACGGCUGGGUUUGGAAGCAGUUGUUCUUUUUGGUGCUGUUAUCUAUAUAUUUUUGGCAAUGAAGGAAAUAUACCAUCAGGGGUUCCAAAUAUUUUUCACUACAUUGAAAGGUGCCCCAGCCAAAGCCUUGUUUCUUAUAUCCUGUGUGCUAGUUGUCAUGAUGCUGCCCGGCCGAGCAUUUUGUUUUCAUGAUUAUGAAGAUAUCGUUGGUGUUCUCGCAAUACUGUGUACUGCUCCAUACUUCCUUUUCUUCUGCAGAGGGUUUGCUAUAGUGGGACCUUUUGUGGUGAUGAUCUACAACAUGAUACGUGGUGACCUGCUGCGAUUCUUCAUCAUUUACGCCAUCUUCGUCAUUGGUUUCUCACAAGCCAUGUUUAUACCUUUUCGUAAAAUGGACAGUGUUUUUUCUGACCCCUUAGACUGCAUUGUGGGAAUGUUUUCGAUGUCAGUGGGAGAUUUUGAUGAUUUGUUUGCUGAAUUUUUAAGGCUUCCUUCCCCAUUCAAAGAAGUAGCACAAAUUGUGUUUGUGAUCUACAUGAUCAUGGUGACCCUCCUGUUGGUGAACAUGUUGAUAGCCAUGAUGGGGAACACAUACCAGCUCGUUAAUGAGAAGCAGAAAGAAUGGUUUAGACAGUGGGCAAAGAUCAUCCUGGUGAUUGAACAGAGCGUUACGACAGAGGAGCGGAAACAGCAGCUGAUCAAGUACUCACAGCCAAUAAACAAUGAUGAAAAGAACAGGGCGCUCAAUAUCCGCUGGCACCAGACGGAAGCGGAAAAAGAGAAGUUAAGGCUGCUCAGGGAAAGCAAAGAAUAGCUGUUAUAGUGGAGACAAAGUCAGCUGUGUCCUUGCAUUUAGCCCAGAACGGGCAUUUGUAUUAGAUGACUAGAAAUGUGUCUGCUUUCAUAAGUUCUAGUGACACAGCAUUACCUAAUGUGUUGAAAAGAAACAUGUUCUGCUGCGUUAGUAUUUAAAACCUGGUCGAGUGAACAAUCAAACAGUUUUACAGUUUGGUUGACAUUACCAAGAACGAAAAAAAGAAAGGAAUAGAAAGGAAUGAUUUUAGUCCAUUUCUCCUGAUAUCUUUAUCCAUCUUGUUAUUUUAUCUGCAGAGUGGCUUGAAAGAAUAUUAAUAUUAGCUACUCAAUCACUUUUGUAUGAACAUUUAUGAAGAAGUCAUUCCAACACUAAUUCCAGUGACAUAAUUUUGUGAAGAAAAAUAAUCAGGGUAAAUGCCAUGUGACCAGAUUACUAAUUAUAUUAUUUUUAAUUCAUCUUCAGUCCAGGGUGGGAUUUAGCUCUGUCAGAGCCCCAAUGUGCUUGCAUCGCAGGAUCGAACCACCUUGGUGGAUCCAUUCAACUGAUAGGGUAUU